GAAAUCUAAAUUUUUCUGAGGAGACAAAAGAGAUAAUCAUUUACCUUUUCUUCUUUCCGUCGCCUUUCUCUCUUUUUCAAAAAAACCUUUCGAUCAUCGGAAAAGCUCUUUUCGAAGUCUCGCCCAACUAUUGUAUUAGUAGUUGAAUUUUUUUUUUAAAAAUAUUCUAUUGAAUUCCAUCUACUCUUUCUCUUUGUGUAGUCACUGAGAUCUGAUUGUUUCUCAAGCUUUGUAGUAACAAUCAAUGGUGGGUUUUUGUGUAAGGUUUAUGAGUAACUUUUUGUCGUUUUGAGUAAAAGUUGUUGCAGUCCAUUUUGGAAAAAAAGGUUGUCUUUCUUCUUCUCUGUCAUUGGAUUAUCUCAACCAAUUCGAAUGGAAGUGGGUAGCUCGAAUUCGUCGGGUCAGCAGCUAUCGGGGCGGGUCGUUGAUACAAGAGGCAAACACAGGAUCCAUGCCCAACUCAAUAGGCUCCAACAAGAAGCUCGCUUCUUAGAGGAAGAGCUGGAGCAGCUUGAAAAGAUGAACAAAGCCUCAGCUUCUUGCAAAGAGUUCUUAGACAGUGUUGACAGCAAACCAGAUCCUCUUCUUCCCCUAACAAUAGGGCCAGUGAACGCGACAUGGGAUCAAUGGUUCGAACGUCCGAAAGAAGCAAAACGAUGUGGAUGCUUCAUUCUCUAAUCUUCAUUUCCUCCUACUCCUACGUCGUUACCUUUUUCUCCAUGUCUUCUUACAAGAGUUUGCGGUAUUGUUUUUCAUCACCCGGCGGUUUAAUUGAUGUAAUUGGCAAAAAAAAAAAAAAUUAUUUGUGCAGAUAAAAUCUGUUGAUAUUGAUAAGUGUGUCUUGAAUCUACAAAGAACCACAGUGACAAAGUCUGAAAAAAAGGCAAUAUUCUUUUUCUUUUCUGA